AGGAAGAAUGGUCCUCGAGUACAGAUCAAUGACAGGGGAGACCAAUGUCGAUCUUGCAAGUCUCAUACGUCCUGAGAAGUUUGUUGCAGUGACGUCUGCUACAAAACUGGCUGCAGGAUUUUGUGCUGAAAACAAUGUCUACAAAACCCCCAGUCUUGCAUUAAAGAUCGGACACGGUCUGAAGACUUGUUGCGAGAUUCUACAAGGAAAAGCCAUUAUGACGCAGAACUCUGCCAUCAAGAAAAGUUGCAAGGCGUUCUUGACCCUGUAUGACCUUCAAUGGGGGAGCUAUGUAACUCACCAUGCACUAAGAAGUCUUCAAGAAGGAAGAAGAAAUAACCCAAAGUUGUUGCCACUUACCGAAGAUGUAGUCAAAUUUGCGAAACAUCUCAAGGGAGAAAUGCAUGCAAAAUUGAAUGGGCUUGAGAAAGAGAGCAACACCAACAGAAUUGCACAUGAAUGGCAUAAUCUUUCUGAAGUACUGCUGGCACAUAUUGUUGUCUUCAACAGGAAAAGACCUGGAGAGGUCUCAAAAAUGACCAUGCAAGAUUAUGAAAAUUGCUCGCAAGGAGAAGGUGGUAUAAUUGAUGGUGCUCUCAGCAAGUGGGAGAGAGCACUUUGUCGAGUUCUAUGGAGAGUCGAAAUCGUGGGAAAACGUUUGAGGACGGUGCCUGUACUUUUGACAACGACAAUGAAGAGGGCAAUGGACUUGUUGAAAGAGAGGAGAUGUGAGGCUGGCAUCGAGGAGAGCAACACAUAUGUGUUUGCUGGAUCAGGGGAAGGGCACCGGAGAGCAUGCGAUGCUAUCCGUGUUCAUUCCACCAAAUGUAAUGCUGAACAUCCAGAACAUCUCAGAGCAACACAUCUGAGAAAGCAAAUUGCCACUGUAGCCCAGAUUAUGAAUUUAAAGGAAAAUGAGCUAGAUGUCUUAGCUAAUUUCCUUGGGCAUGACAUCAGAACGCAUCGGGAAUACUAUAGACUCCCAGAUUCAACAGUGCAACUGGCGAAGGUUUCAAAAGUUCUUCUGAAGAUGGAGAGGGGAGAUCUUGAAGGUCUUGCCAAUAAAGGACUAGAGGAAGUGCAGUUGGAUCCCAGUGAAGAGUACAUCACUGAUGCCGAGUCAGAUUCUGAGGGUGAAGAUGUGCAGUCUGAUGAUUCACCUUUGGUGACUGUGAGGACAGAAGACUGUAGUGCCUACUCUGGGAAAUCAAAAAGUCCUUCUGAGAAUCAUCCAAUCAGGAAAGUCUGGACUUUGAAAGAGAAGACAACUGUCGCAGACCAUUUGGGCUCAUUUCUCCUAAGACGUACCCUACCAGGAAAGGCACAUAUUUUGAAACUCUUCAAUGCAGAGCCACAAACCUUUCGGGAUCGAUCUUGGACCAACGUGAAAGAUUUCGUUCGAACCAGAUUCGGAAGAAGGAUGUAA